AUGGUCACCACUGGUGGCACUAAUCUUGCUGACGAUCUUGCGCGUCUAGAUGGCGCCGUGCAUUGCUUGAUAGCGACUCCCGGUCGCAUAUUGGAUUUUCUUAAUCGAUCCAUACUGAAACUGGAUCAUUGUAGUACUUUGGUCCUCGACGAAGCCGACAAACUUUUGUCCUCUGGAUUUAAUGAAACUAUUCCUGAUGUCAUCAAAAACCUCCCCGAGGAUAGGCAAAUUAUGCUGUAUUCGGCGACGUUCCCUUUAUCUGUUCAAUCAUUUACGAAGGCUCACUUGAAGAAUCCAUAUGAAAUCAAUCUGAUGGAAGAGUUGACGUUAAAAGGUGUAACACAGUUUUAUGCUUACGUUCAGGAAAAGCAUAAGGUUCAUUGUUUGAAUACGCUUUUUUCUAAGCUUCAAAUCAAUCAGGCCAUCAUAUUCUGUAAUACAGCACAGCGCGUUGAGUUAUUGGCAAAGAAGGUGACUGAGUUAGGUUACUCAUGCUACUAUAUACACGCAAGGAUGCCUCAACAUUAUCGUAAUCGCGUGUUCCAUGAUUUUCGCGCUGGUCACUGUCGAAACCUCGUGUGUACUGAUCUGUUUACUCGCGGCAUUGACAUUCCUUCCGUUAACGUCGUGAUCAAUUUUGACUUUCCAAAAUAUGCGGAAACAUACCUUCACCGUAUUGGACGCUCUGGGAGAUUUGGGCAUCUUGGUGUCGCCAUAAAUCUUAUUACACACGAUGACUGCUACCACCUUAAGGUUAUAGAAAAUCAACUGCGCACGGAAAUCAAAGCCAUUCCUAGGGAUAUUGACAAGCGCCUCUAUGUAUCAGAAUACCAAAAUGUUUCGAAUCUGGACGAAGAAACACGCAGGGCUCUUUCCAUGGGUCUGGGGAUUCCGGAAGAAACUCAUGAACAGGUUUUACCCGGGACAGCUAGUACGAUGCCUAUUGAAGUUGAAAAUAAGGCAUAA